AUGUCUACAAUAACACAAGAAGCUUCUCAAAGCUCAUACCCGCCCGUUCUGCCAAAGGACUUCAACGCCAAUCAGCCCAAGACCAUCCGCCUCUACCCCCUCAGCAACUACACAUUCGGCACCAAGGAUGGUCAGCCAGAGGAAGAUCCGUCUGUACUAGCGCGCCUCAAGAGAUUGGAAGAGCACUACACGGAAUAUGGCAUGCGCCGGACAUGUGAGGGCAUCUUGGUCUGCCAUGAGCACAACCACCCGCAUAUCUUGAUGUUGCAGAUUGCGAACGCCUUUUUUAAGCUUCCAGGCGACUAUCUGCGCGCUGAAGACGAUGAAAUCGAAGGCUUCAAGGCUCGCUUGAACGAGCGUCUUGCACCCGUCGGCACGCAAUUCACAGGCGAAGGUGUAAACGACGAGUGGCAGGUUGGCGACACGCUUGCGCAAUGGUGGAGGCCGAAUUUCGAGACCUUCAUGUACCCCUUCAUCCCAGCGCACGUCACCAGGCCGAAGGAGUGCAAGAAGCUGUACUUUAUCCAACUUCCCAGGAGCAAAGUCCUUAGCGUCCCCAAAAACAUGAAACUCCUCGCCGUCCCCCUGUUCGAACUAUACGACAACACAGCACGCUACGGCCCCCAACUCUCCGCCAUCCCUCACCUCCUCUCCCGCUACAACUUUGAGUUCGUCGACGAGCAAGGCAACGUCUCAGCGUGCACACCGGGCGCAGGACCGACAGAGGGCGAUGCACCGACUACCAAGGUACUAGCCGGUGGCGAAGACCUCAAAAUGGAACACAAUGGCGAUGAAGCGAGCGAUACCACAUUAGCAUAG